AUGAAAUCAAUUGUGGUUUUGUUUAUGUUGGUGGCAUGCUGUUACUGUCUAGGAGGCAAUGAGGUGAUGCUAGAAGAUUCUAGAGCAAAGAAGAAGAAGGGUUCCCUCAAGAUUUGGGCUAUGAUCUUACUUUUGGUGUUCUCCAAAGUCGCCGCCAUCAAAGUGGCAACGUUCUUCAUGUUCAUGGCAUUCUUCCAAAAACUCUUCUACAUCAUCGGCCUUGUUCUCAACUACUUCUUGAAGAGCAAAUCUAUGGUGGUCCCCAAGCCCCAGCCUGUGUAUGGGGCUCCACAGGAGUACAACACCUUAGGGUACAGCUAUGGACCACCCGAGCCUGAUUCCUAUGCGGGCUCAGAGAAUCCCUUGCUAGCUUUAGCGGACAUUUCAGGAGGAUCAUUGAACUGGCUUUUCAAUAAGAAUCAUUAG